CCUCAGAGGGAAAGUCGUUUGGCGGUAUGAAUGAAAAAAACGCAAAAGGAAAACAUGCCGAGUUAAGUCUAACAAAUUGUCCUGGAGAAAUUUGUUUAAAAAUCCGGCUGGGUGGAUGGACAAAUGAGUAAUCCAUGAGUAAGAAAGGCACCACUGAUCUUGCAAAAAACAUCUGGGGGCACACUAUUGUGCUCAUGCCUGGAGUCAUGUGACCAGACGGGUGGGGACUGCUGGGCACGUGUGCUCUGAAGCAUCUGCACGACCGAUGGGAGUUCAGUGAACCUUCGCCCUGGGGCUGCUGUUGGGACGACCUCAAUGAUACAUAUGUGGAAACAGUGAGGGAGGAGGAAGGAAACAAGCCAGAGCAAACAGGUUUAAGAGGGCCCUCACUUCCUGUGUUCAGUGCUACACCCCUAUUGGGACCCCACACCUAGAUGGACACGGUCCGCCUGCCCUCUGUAACCCGCGUCGCCAUCUGCGGCGGAACCCAUGGCAACGAGCUGUCUGGCGUGUACCUGGUGAGGGAGCUGCAGAAGCGGGAGAGGGAGACGCAGCAGGAGGCGGAGCCUGUCUCCGUAGUUACGGUGCUCUCAAACCCACGUGCUGUUCAGCAGUGCAGGAGGUACACAGAGAUGGACUUAAACCGCUGCUUCACCAGCGCCAUCCUCAGCAAGCAACUAGAAGUAGGGGCUCUGUAUGAGAUGGAGAGAGCACAGGAGCUAAACAAGAUCCUGGGCCCUCGGGGGAGCGCCACUGCUAUGGACCUGGUGUGCGACCUCCACAACACCACUGCCAACAUGGGUCUGUGCCUCAUCGCCUACUCGGACGACAACUGGAUCAGUCUGCACGUUUUGAAGUACCUGCAGAGGGAGAUCCAGUCUGUGCCAGUGCGCUUGGUCGAUCUGGGGAUGACGCGCUCCGAGGCGUAUUCGCUGGAGAGCUUGGGAAAACACGGCCUCUCGAUCGAGGUUGGGCCACAGCCUCACGGUGUGCUCAGGGCGGAUAUCUUCUCUGCCAUGCAGGAUGGAGUGCGCUCAAUGCUUGACUGGAUUCGCCGCUUCAACUCAGGUACCUUCUUCCAGGGCGGAGAGGUGGACGUCUACACCAUGGUGAGAUCUGUUGAUUAUCCGAGGGACCCAGAGACCGGCUCCAUCACUGCCAUCAUCCACCCACAAUUACAGGACCGCGACUUCUGUGUCCUCCGACCCGGCGACCCGAUGUUCCUGUCCUUCACCGGAGAGACGCAGCUGUUCGAGGGGGAGGAGCCUCUCUACCCCAUCUUCGUGAACGAGUGCGCAUACUAUGAGAAGGGCAUCGCCCUGUGGCUCACGCGGCUGAGGAAGGUGCAGAUCCCCCCCGUGCAGGUGCAGGCAGACUGACUCCCUGUCGCCAGAGAGAGCGACACACUGCCCUCUGGCAACAUUCCGCUGUAAGCAGCAAAUAAAUACAAGCCCUUCUAACAA